GGGCUCUCCUGAGGUGUUGAGUAUCUGGUGUCCUCUGUCCAGGUCGAUCCCGCAGCAAGAGAUCCAUGGGCCCCCAUCGAUGCAGAUUGUGACGAGGAUGAAGGUUUCUGCAUCGCACUCCAGGCCUCAAAGACGACCAUGGGAAAGGCAAGAGGACCCGCUCAGCGCCCCCCCGUGUCUCGAGCGCAGACGGUGUCUCCCUCACCGACAAUCCAAAGUUGGGUCAGGAGCGCGCUUCUGAAGGCGGCCGUGAGGGGGGGCGCGUCUGGCAAAGUGACGCGGGGAGCGUGGGUGGGCUGGCGAGGGAGGCAUGCGGGUCGGCCGGCCCUUUCUGGACGGAGGCUGCCUGACGUGGGGCCUUCGGGGCUGCCACGAGCGCCUCCAUGCGCUGGCUGACGUCCCAAAGUCGGCCCUGCUCGAGGGCUUUCAGCGAGCCGUCGCUUUGUCGGCUGCGGGCCACCUCGAGUAGGGCAGGGCGUCCGCAGAGAUGAACUCUCGAGCAGGAGCCCCCGCCCCCGUGAGGGGCGCCGUGACUGCAAGGAGCAACUGAAGACACGGUCAGAUGAUGCAGACCCGCAUGGUCUCAAGUGUCACACGUGCCGCACGAUGAUCAGCCGAUAAUGCUCAGCACCUGUCGUCUGCCGAGCAAGAAUCAAUAGCUGCGGUAGCGGGAGGCAUGUUGGGGAGAGACUUCCGAGACAUCUUGGAGCAAGCGUUGAGGUAUGGGGCUUCUAUGAUCAUUUCAGAUCAAGCGGCACAGGAGCUGCCCACCGGUGAUGAGUACCUGCGUUGCUGUCAUAACCGCAAGCAAGAAGUGCGCGUCACGAUGACGUCAGCGACCCGAGUUGGGCGGAGGCGCGGGAGGGCGGCCUGGGCGACGAGGCGCAGAAGGUAUAUUCUGCAGCGGCUGGGCGGGCACGCGGAGGCCGCGGAGGCGGCUGCGCGGCUGAGCCGCGAGGAGAGCACGCUGCGCAAGCGCGAGCAGCAGUCGAGCAUCUUUGGUGCGAUGACGCUCAAGGGGAAGAAGGAGGCGCAGGACAGGCUGACACGCGUCGGCCGGCCGCCGCGGCUUUCCGGAAAGGUCGAAAAGGAGCUUCGCGGAGAGUGCAACGCCAACCCCUACCAGCGCGCGCGCGCGCUCACACAGAUCGCCGUGACGCGCCCGUCUCAAGCCGACCGCGCGCUCUUCCUGCAGCAGGCGCAGGCGGAGCUCAUAAAACGCGCGCGCCCUGAAGGAAAGCGCGCGCGCUCUGGCCUUAGCCGGCGAAGGGACCAGUUUAGUAGAGGCGUUCCGGGCCCCCUCAUCUUGACGAGGACCAAGCGGAAAGAGCUCCGGCGGAAGGGACUCGCCGGACGGAAAGCGGGUCGCGCACGCGGUAUUUGGGAAGGUCGCGGGGAGCGGAGUGGGGGUCUCGCUGCACAACACAGACUUCCCCCGGGACAGGCGGGCACGUGCGCCCCCCUCUCUGAUGUCAUCACCGUCUCGGGCCUGACGCCCAACGAGCGCUACAUCUUCGCGCUCGCUUUCUACGAUGCGACUGGCGCCCUCACUGACACCGUCGGGCCCAGCAACCCCCCGGUCACCCCUGCCAAAACUACGGUGUCAAGCGUACCUGACACUGACGCUCACCGGGUGGGGUGCCCAAAAGACGCGCUAUCCGCGGCGCGGCCGGUGGUCGCCCAUUCGGUGGAGAAGGUAGCAGUGGAUGAAGACGGGGUGGAGCGACUUUUCGGCGACCAGCUCACGGCGACGGAGACGCGGGACUCGGGGGGCGCCCCACACGCUGCUCAGAAGCUUCGUCCAGGUCCUUUUUAUGGAGUCCAAAGCCGCGCCCAGGCCGCUGCGCGCGCUAAACCCCGCCCAAACCCCGCACUCGCUCCUUCCAUCGCAAGUCGAGCGCCACAAUCAAGCGCACCGCCUGCUGAUCGCGGCGCAGGCCGCGGCGCUGUGUACAUGCGCCCCUUUAGUGUACAAAGCGGUGACCCGGUUCUACAACCGGGUGGUCCCGCUCCCUGCGAACCUACCCGAAAAAUGCCCGGCGAUACAGCCCCUGCUCGCCGGCUGCCACGUGUGUUGGCGACGAUCAAUCAGACGGCUGGGCUGACGUCAGGAGCUGUGAAGGUUGCGGCCGGGCUGAGGUCACAGCUGUUCGAAAGGCUGGCGGUUACAGCGGAGGUCGAGGCGGUGAAAGCUGUUGGAAUAAUGGACCUGGGGGUCUUCACACUCCACAGAAAGAGCGUCUCCAAAGAGAGUGAAAAUGCGCCCAGGUCGGGAAGCUCUGCUGCGGCGAUAGGGUCGAAAGAAGGGGGAAAGAAGAGGCUGGGGAGAAGGUGAGACGAGAAGCAGAGGCGCAGAA